AUGCUUUUUUUUUGUUUUUUUUUUAUUUACACCUUGAUUUUGCAAAAUGUUGUCUUAUCAAAACUAAACUUUCAAAAUGAGCAACUAGCAACAUCCUUUUUCGAGGCUAAUAAAAAUUAUCAUGUAACUAAGGAAGACAUAAUUGAUGGUAUAGAAAAAUGCUGGUUCAACGUGACAAAUUAUCUGAUUAACCAGUCAAUAAAACAAGAAAAAGACUUCAGCAAUGACGUCAAAAUGACCGUAAAUUCCAUGAAGCAGAAACUAGAUCAACUGAUAACUGUUUCCUACUCCAUUAAAAAAAUAGACACGGUAAAUGCAUCAUUUCAAUGGGCCCAAUCACCAGAACAUAUUUUCCUGAAUAUUAAAUUUUCGCACAGAUGGAGCUCUCCAGGUGCCCUAAAAGUGAAAGACGAACAAGUGAUUUCUAAAAAAAACAUUUUUUCCUUUUCUGCCAUGAGUAACGACAGCAAUUCAGUGACCAAAAAAUACAUCGUUGAUCUUACUUUGCUUCAUGACAUAAUCGAAUCGGAGACAAAAUACAAUUUUGCGUCCGUUGGAAAGGUCGUUGUUACUUUGAAAAAGAAGCAGAAACAAAUUUGGAGCCGAUUGUUAUCCUCGAGGGAUAAAAAUCCGAACAUGCAAGUCUGGUGGGACAUGAAGGAAAAAUACCACGACAGCGUUCAGUCAUUUUUAAAAGAAGAGGAAGAAAAAAAAAAAAAAGAAACUAAGAAUGGAAAUAAGGAAACAGAGACCAUACACAAUGACAAAAACGAAAUGAAUGAAAAUGAGUUUGGAGAAAAUAAAGAUGUACAAAACGGAGUACUCAAGGACGACAUGUCAUUGGGUGAAUCAAAAAAAAAGAACUCGAAAUAUAUCAAAGAUGAAGAAUUGUGA